AUGACAGCAGAGGAUUUUAUAAGAAGGUACCUUGGAUUGUUUACUGAGGAGAACUAUAAUCGUGAAUCAGUACGGUUAUUAGCGUCAGCUGCUGACACCACAAAAGAUGGAGAUAUUUCUUUUGAGGAAUUCUGUGCUUUUGAAGCUCUUCUUUGCAGCCCCGAUGCCCUUUAUCUGACUGCAUUUGAAAUUUUCGAUCGAAAUGCAUCCGAUUCGAUCACUUGUGAUGAGUUUGAAGCAGUCAUCCGACACACUCAACCGCUUCAUGACAUGGAUUUUGACUUCAAUUCCGAGUUUAUAAAGAAAUAUUUUGGCGCGGACAAGAAGCGAAGCAUUGCAUAUCAUGCUUUUACGCAAUUGUUGCACGAUUUUUAUGAAGAACAAGGAAUACAAGCUUUUAAGAGAUAUGACGAGGCAGGCGAUGGUGCAAUCAGUUCACUCGAUUUCCAACAUAUCAUGACGACGGUGAAAAAACAUCUUUUGACCGAUUUCGUCCGAAAUAAUCUAUUAGCUGUUUCUGGUGGUGGCCACAAGGUCACAUUCGCCUAUUAUGCUGCAUUCAAUAGCCUUUUGGCGAAAAUGGAGCUUAUAAAACGAGUUUACGUAAGCCAGGCUAGAGGAAAUGUGGAUCUGGAAAUGACGAAAGAAGAGUUCCUGCAAGCAACGCAGAGCUAUGCCCAAAUUACUCCAUAUGAGGUUGAAAUCUUGUUCCAUUUGUCGGAACUAGCUCAUCCCGGGAAAAAGACACUGUCGCUGAAGGAUAUUAUGCUAAUUGAUCCAGAACGUCUGAAGCGAGUGUCGUAUGUUGAACGGCUUAUCAACGUUAAGGCCGUAGCCAGCAAAGAGGAAAGGGGUGUGGGAACGGCGGUGCUGGAAUCCAUGUACCGCUUUCUGCUAGGUUCGAUAGCAGGAGCGUGUGGUGCAACUGCCGUCUACCCUAUAGAUCUCGUUAAAACACGCAUGCAAAAUCAACGAAGUGGUUCGUUCGUUGGCGAAGUGAUGUACAAAAAUAGUUUGGACUGCUUCAAAAAAGUCAUAAAGUUUGAGGGUCUACUAGGACUGUACCGUGGUCUUCUUCCACAGAUUGUUGGUGUUGCUCCGGAAAAAGCUAUCAAGCUAACUAUGAACGAUUUUGUCAGAGACAAGUUCGUGAAGGACGGUAAAAUUCCUCUAUGGGCAGAAAUCUUUGCUGGUGGUUGUGCUGGUGCAAGUCAGGUAGUAUUUACGAAUCCUCUAGAAAUCGUCAAAAUUCGCCUACAGGUUGCCGGUGAAAUACAGUCAGCUAGUAGGGUGGGCGUGAUUACGGUGUUAAAAGAACUCGGAUUUCUUGGUCUGUAUAAAGGAGCCAGAGCCUGCUUUCUUCGUGAUAUUCCGUUUUCUGCUAUUUACUUUCCAGCAUAUGCACAUGCUAAAUUGUCAACUGCUGACGAAGAUGGGAUCAACCAUCCUGGUUCACUGUUCGCUUCUGCAUUUAUUGCUGGUGUUCCUGCUGCAGCAUUGGUGACUCCGGCUGACGUUAUAAAGACGAGACUUCAGGUUGCAGCAAGAGCAGGCCAAACUACAUAUAAUGGAGUAAUUGACUGUGCCCGGAAAAUCAUGAAAGAAGAAGGACCGUCUGCAUUCUGGAAAGGAACAGCUGCUCGUGUUUGCCGUUCGAGUCCACAGUUUGCUGUAACACUACUUACUUACGAGGUACUUCAAAGGAUAUUUUAUGUCGAUUUCGGAGGUACUCGGCCAACUGGGUCCGAGUCGGCAACUACAAAGAAGAUCAUGGACGAGAGUUCACUGAAUCCAGAUCAUGUUGGUGGAUAUCGUCUGGCGGCUGCAACCUUCAGUGGAAUCGAACAUAAGUUUGGUCUUUUCCUUCCACGAUUCGAACCACAAAGAUGA